UGGGUGACGCGGAUCGGAAGGGCCUCCUCAUACUUACACCAAAGUCUCAUUUGUGUACAAUCUGAAACUGCCGGUAUAGUAUUUCCGAAUUCACUCAGAGAGGAGCCAUGAAGUGGACCUGGGUGCUGGUGGCCGUUGUGCUGUCAUUUGUGGGGAUCUCUUUGGGCAAAGACAGCUUGGACUUCCCCGAGUAUGACGGCAAGGACAGAGUCCAUGACCUCCACGUCAAGAACUAUAAGUCUGUGAUGAAGAAGUAUGACGCCAUGGUGGUGUACUACCAUGACCACCCCGGAUCCAGCCGCGUCGCCCAGAGACAGUUUGAGAUAGAGGAGUUGUCCCUUGAGCUUGCAGCCCAGGUCCUGGAGGAGUUUGACGACGAGGACAUCGGAGUCGGACUCAUUGAUGCAAAACUCGACAAGGCUUUAGCUAAGAAAUUAGGCCUCGAAGAGUCCGACAGCCUGUACAUCUUCACGGAAGAUGAGGUCAUCGAGUACGACGGAGAGCUUGCAGCAGACACGCUUGUGGAGUUCAUCUAUGAUCUUCUUGAAGACCCGGUGGAAAUUCUUGACAACAGUAGGGAACUGAAAGGCUUUGAGAACAUCGAAGAGGACAUCAAAUUGGUGGGCUACUUUAAGAGUCACAAGUCAGAACAUUUCGAAGCUUUUGCUGAUGCCGCUGAAGAGUUCCAUCCUCACGUCAAGUUCUUUGCAACGUUCAAUCCCAAGGUUGCCAAGGCUCUGGAGCUAAAGCUCAAUGAGGUUGACUUCUACGAACCCUUCAUGGAUGAUCCUGUUGUCAUCCCAGGAAAACCCUACACCGAGGAAGAGCUGGUGAAAUUCAUCGAGGAUAAUGACAGGCCAACUCUGAGGAAGCUGCAACCCCACAACAUGUAUGAGAUCUGGGAGGAUCAUGUUGAUGGUGAACACAUCAUUGCUUUUGCUGAGGAGGCUGAUCCAGAUGGCUAUGAGUUCUUGGAGAUCCUGAAGCAAGUUGCGGAGGACAACACGGACCACCCCCACCUCAGCAUUGUCUGGAUUGACCCCGAUGACUUCCCCCUGCUGGUGCCUCACUGGGAGAAGACGUUUGGAAUCGACCUCUCCUCCCCCCAGAUUGGCGUCGUGGAAGCUGAUGAUGCGGACAGCGUGUGGAUGGACAUGGACGACGGCGAUGACGUGCCAACUGCGGACGAAGUGGAGGACUGGAUUGAGGACGUUCUGUCUGGGGAGAUCGAUCCCGACGACGACGAUGAGGACGAUGACGACGACGAUGAUGAUGAUGACGAUGACGACGACGACGAUGAUGAUGACGACGAUGAUGAUGAUGACGAUGACGACGAUGACGACGACGAUGAUGACGAUGACGACGACGACGACGAUGACGACGACGAUGACGAUGAUGAUUAUUAAUGAAUUGAUCUAAAUCUGACCAAUGCCGUUUCAAGUGGUAUCAUCAAUAUCAGCGACAUCGUCCUUAUCUCUAUCGUAGAUACAGUGGAGCCCGCUUAUGUUGACAACCCACCGAAGUCGACCAACUCAUCAAGUCCCGGCCCUCCGUGUUGUUCCUGGCACUGCCCACUUAAGUCGACGUCGACAUACAUGGUCGACCGCUUCUGUCGACGUAAAAUUCUGUCUGUAAAAAGUCUGUUUAUGUUGACACGCGUUGUCAUUUUGCCAACUUUCCGAAACGACAACAGCGACAUGCCUACUGUCUAGUAACACAGCAUUAAAACGUGCACACAGCGACUUCCUGUUCAGUGCAAAGCAAGCUUCACAAUAAAAGCAUGGCAGUGUCAACCAGCAACUAAGAAAAUACAGUGUUCCCUCGCUCCAUCGCGGUUCACCUUUUUGCACGCUCGCUGUUUUUUUAGUGCUUUUUUAAAAAAUAUUUUUACAGCGUAUGAACGCUGUUACAGACCGAACCUGGCCCUUUAACAAUUGCAUUGUGGGAACUUGAGUUUUGUAGUUCUGUGUGUCUCUAUUCUCCCUCUUUUGUCUGCAUCGCCCAUUGUCUUCUGCGUCCUGAUUGGCUGUAGACCAUUGUCAAUCAAUCUCCUUCGUGCCAUCUCCUGCUGUGGUCAUGGCUACCAAACUAGCUAACCAUGUGAGCUCCCUGCUAACCGCCAAUACUGUAAACAAUAGAAGGAACAGAAGAAGAAAAUACGACGACAGGAGCAAUAUGCUUUAACAAGGAUACAAAAAAGCGAAAUACGCGUGAGUCACUUCAUAAUUUCUUGUGUCCAACCUAGUCGGUCGAUCAUUAAAAUUCAAACGGAAUUUGAACUUUGAGAGUGUUUAAACAAGAGAGAAAUGUGAGAAAAUGUUCAUGCCUCUCUGAAGAAAGUGUAAGGUGAGGGGUUUUACAGCCUGAAAACAUAUAUAAUUGUACAAAAAUAUAGUUGGAUACUUCGCCGGUUUCACUUAUUUCGGGCUAUUUUGGGAACCUAUCCCCCGCGCUAAACGAGGGAACACUGUACACCCAUUUGAAUUCGCCUCCGGAAGAAAGAUUUGCACAUGUACAAAAGUGUUAUCGUGGUAGUCGACACAUAGAGAGGAACGACCACAGCAGCUCUGGUAGAUAUGAGUACAAAAUAAUAGGAUGACUGAAAAAUAUCAACAAACUGCCGUAGGUUCACAAGAAAAUCAGCCAGCUUAUGUCGAUGUCGGCCAGCCAGUCCGAGGGGCGUCAACAUAAACGGGUUCCGCUGUAAUAUCUCUUCAUUAUAUUCUCCAAAUUCCAUGACUCCCGCAGCCCCCGCCCCAUUAACCCCAAGUCCGCACAAUCAAAAGGUGACUUUUAUGACAAAAAUAAACAAAACCCAAGCAAAUUCAAGUCAAAUGCACUCUAGCGCUUUUAUGCGAUUGGUGUUUUAGUACUGGAGAGUUGCAGUGUUGCACCGUGCCACGUUUCAUUUAUGUCCCCUUUGCCCCGGUGCAAAAAACAAACACAGUCCAAUCUAAAGGUGCUCACAGCUUUCUUCACCGACGUGUGUCGAAGUUUCACCAGCUGCCUCUGCCAAGUCAUUGUGACACUGCACAUCACAUGGAUGUUUUAGAGCAACAGCCAUCUUUUAUUUUUGUAACGAGAGAAAUUACUUACUGUGAAGUCUUAAAUAAAUGACAGC